UAAAAGUGAAGUGAUAAAAAGUUUAUUUUAAUGUGUUUCCUUUAAAUAUUAAACUCUGCAAUUGUGUUAAAGUGAUAAAUUAAGUGAUAGAGGCAAUCUGUAACAUGAAAAUUCUACAUAAACUUGAUUAGAACGUCACAAAUAAGCGGAAACACUAAAUUAUAAUGCUCGAAGAGGACCUCGAUGAUACACACUUGUGCAUCAAAUGUAGUGCCACAAUUGUCGGCCUCGAUAAUUACGUCCAGCAUCGCAAAACGAAUUGUGUUGGCAUCAAGUCGGGGACAAGAGCAACCAUCGUCGCCGAAGCCGAUGAUACUUAUGGUGGCUUUGAGUAUCCGGGUGCUUCUGGUUAUGUGAAGAACGAUGUCGAGGCUGUUGUGGGUGGAAAGACAUCCAAGACUUUAAAUGAUCCCUAUGACUUGCCCUAUGAAUUGGGUGCAGAUGUUUUCUUUUCUUCGUUGCAACUUCAAAGUGUUCAAGCCAGCGGAGCGGGAAAUGCUGGAAAGACCAGUUCCAUUCAGCAGAUUGGUAGUAGCAGAAAAGUUGCCAAUUCUGGAAGGGAUGAAACGGAAGGCGAUGAUUGGCAAGAUGUGGAACAGAAUAAUUCGGAUAGUUUGAUGAAAGUCGUCAGAGAUAUUGGGGAGACAAAGAAGUACGAGGCAAUAUUUCAGCCAAUCGCUUUUUCUCACGGCUUUCCAGAGGCAGAACAGAGUGACGACGAAGACGAGGAUAUUGACGAGUUCGAUGAGGAUGAUGAUGAUGACGAAGAUUAUGUUCCAACUCCGUACUCGGGAGGCAAAUGGAAACCUGGUAGUCAGCCACCACCACCCAGGAGUGGUGGAAAAUGGAAGGGAAAAGCUCAAAGUCAGGCAGUGCCAAGCUCUUCAGGUGGUAAAUGGCACAACAAGUUUGCAACUAAUGAGACUUCCAAAUGGAAACCUUACAAAAAGUUCUUGGAAUCAGAUUACCAUCAAAAUCGUCCAAAACUUUUGUACAAAAAAGACGUUGGUCCAAAAGUUGACGAACCAAUACCUCCACAAACUGGUAGUAAGUGGAAACCUGAAAGUCCAACAAAAUCAUUGAAAAUUCAACAAACUCCGCUAAGUGGUGGCAAGUGGCAGCCGCAACAACCUGAGCGAACGAAGUCGCCGGACAUUCAAGCAUCUACCGGAGGCAAAUGGAAACUUGGAGAUGUGGCAACUCCUUCAACUAGUGGAAAAUGGAAACCAGGAGAUUUGGAGAGAUCCAAAAUAGUUCCUACCCAAUGGGACGAGCCGACAGAGACGUGGGAAGAUGUUGAAAGUGGCCAUCCUCCAGUUGAACACACCAAAGGGAAAUGGGUUCCUGGGACGAAAUUUGAGAAACCUGACUACAAAGAUGAGACUAUUCCAGCCCUUCCACCGCAAGACUAUUGGUGCAAUAUCUGCUGUCGAAAACUUAAGACCAAAACUAUUUUCGACAAACAUUUAAAAUCAGCAGUGCAUUUGAAAAAAUCAGAAACUGAAGAACAACUUGAACGAGCCGGUAUAGACAACAAACUUAAAGGGUCUUCUCAGACGCUCCUGCAACCUACUCUGCCAGAAUUUCUUUUCAAACGAAAUGUCUCUCCCGAACCAGAUGUUGUUGGCCCGAAUAAAAGAAAACGCCGAAAAACUUUUGUCAAGUGUGAUAUUUGCAAACACCGAAUGCAAAGGUAUUUAAUGGGCAAACAUUUAAUAUCUCACUAUCAUUAUGUUCGGAGACGGACUGAUCUGGCCAAGUCGUAUGGCAUGGUUCUGGAUAACAUCCACCAGAUAGUUCUUCAAUCGCCAUUUCAGUGUAGCCCCUGUAAAUUCUAUGCCAACGACGAGGAGCGUUUUUUAAACCAUUGGAACUCUGUAGAGCAUCGAGAUCGAACUGAAGGCCCUGGGAGGUUUUGGUGCAGCUUUUGCCAAUUCGAAUGUGAAGACAAUAACCAGAUGAGGCGUCAUCUGCUCGGAAGUGACCAUCGAGAGGUCAUAAUGGCUAUAAAUCGAUCGGUGCCGAUAAUUAUAAGCAAAAAAGUCUCAAUCGAAUGCCUGAAGUGUCAUAGAAACUUUCGGUAUAACGUAGAGCUUCGCCAACAUGCACUUCGUUGUGAAGAAUUCAAGACGGAAGCCAUCGGCACAGCAUCAGAUGAAUACCAGUCACGCUUCCGAUGCGCUUUAUGUCCCGAUGAAGUGCACAAGUCGAAGAUGGCUCUGCAGAGGCAUGAAAAGUUCAAGCACAAUAAACGACGAUUCUACUGCUCGAUCUGCAAUGAAGAGUUCAAUGACCCGGAGGCUGCAAUCAAGCACCGCAAAACCAAGCUCCACCGGCAAAACUCCAAUGCAAAGCUGAAUAAAGGAAAAAUGGAAGGAAGCACCAAGGCCAAGAAAGAAAUCGGGGACGAUUUAAAGUGCGAAAAGUGUCAUCAUGUGUCCACUUCGGAAGUUGAAGCCAUGUUACACCAAAUAAACCACCCUCAGGGCUGUAAGGACCCAAAAGACACUCAACAUCAAGAACCCAAGAAGAAUUCAACGGAAAGCUCAAGAAGAAAGUGCUCGUAUUGCACGCACUCCUUUGCAACCAAAUCCGAGCUAAAAGCUCAUCUCAACACUAUCCAUCCUGAGAUGAAACACAUAUGCCCUCUGUGCGGAGAAGCCUUCACCCUACCUCAGGAACUUGGCUCCCAUAGAAGAUACAAAAUAUGUGUGGCUUCAACUUCUAAAAAACCACCACCAUCAGCGGCCAAUGAAGCUUCAUCCCCAUCAUCCCAAAAAGAUCCAAAGAAAUCCUGGAAUUGCUCCGAUUGCACAUUUAGCUCUGCCUAUGAAUCGGAGUUGAUAUUCCAUCGGAUAAUACAUUCAGAGGGCGGGCUGGAGGCCCUCGAAUCGUCUGGCUCGAAAAUUAAAUGCCAACUUUGUGAGAAAUCAUUUCCCAAACAUUCACUUCGACAUCAUUUGCGUCAGCAUACCAACGAAAAGAUUUUCCAAUGUGAAAUUUGUAAACGGUCAUUUUCGAGGCGACAUAAUUACAAGGAGCACAUGGAAUACGUGCAUUCGGUUGGGGGUGCAGUAAGAAAACGCCACAAGGGUGGACGCACAACCGAUGAGCGUUUCAUAUGCGAUACAUGUGGCAAGAUAUUUCGUACAAAGUACUCAUUGAAAUUACACAUCAACAUUCAUACGGAACGUGAUAAAAAAUUUGUCUGUCCAGUAGAGAACUGUCAGUAUAUUGGAAGGAAUAGCUCUGCCUUGAGUAUACAUUCCAGCAGCCAUGAGGUUAAGACGGAAUUUAAAUGUCAAGAGAUGAGCUGUAACUAUCAAGGGAAAAGCGCAUAUCAUUUGAAAAGGCACAUGAAAAGUCAUUUGGUACCAGAAAAACUUUACAAAUGUCCCGAAUGUGAUUUCAAAGCCAAGAUACCAGCUCAUAUAAGACGACAUGUUCGAGUUCAUACCGGAGAGCGUCCUUAUAAGUGUCCACAUUGUGAUUAUAGCUGUGGUUAUAUUGAAAAUCUUCGAAAGCAUAUUUUGACAACAAAGAAGCAUCCAGGCAAGUUCAUCUAUCAGUGCCAAGAAUGUGAUCCCGGGGACCAAUACAAAACAAACUAUAAUAAUGAGUUUCAGUUGCAUUUGACAAAAGUUCAUGGAAAAUGAAUUCUUAUGCUAUAAAUAUGUAGGUGGGUACUUUAGAAAACUCAAAAAAUACAACUUUCAAAAUUUGUGUAUUCAUUGUUUUU